AUGUCAUCGAGCCCAAUAACGUCAAUGGGAAUAUUUUAUACGGAAAAAACACUGAAAUGUGAAUUGUACUUCAUUGAUCCCUAUGGAAAACAGAGUUUCGAAUAUAAGGAAACAAGGAAAAGAAACGAUUUUUUGAAAAAUUUCGUUGAAGACCUGGAAGAAAUAAUCAAUAAUCAAAAAUCUCUCGUCGAUUCCCUCAAAAUCAAAUACAGCGGACUUGAGGAAAACUAUAAAAAGAACAAGUUGGACCCAGUGAUUCACCAGAUAUUCAAGUGUCUGGAAUCGAGAAAAGAACUUCUUCAAGUCAAAAGACUAUCGAUCGAUGCAGUUGAUAUGAGUCAGGCAAUGACAGUCGUCAAGUUAUUAGAUCCAUCGGUUUUGAAGAAAGCCGAAUUUUGUUUUGAAAAUAGAGAUGACGAAAUUGAUAUGGCGGAUGCUCUGGCUUUGGUAAAAUGGAAUGAAGGACAACGGAUGAAAUUGGUUUUCAAAUUACACACGAUGCGCCCAGAAUGUUUGGAAUUAAUGAAAAAAUUUUUUCUACAUCGAACAACUUUCACUGAGAUCUUCAUUUAUUACAAACACAGUGCCCAUGAUAAUGCGGGUUUGAAAGCAAUUAUUGGUUUUCCAAUGCAACACGAAACUCCCAACUCGACGGAGAAGUUUAUCAAGUUCCGACUGUCACAUAGACUUUUGUUAUCUGCUGGUUUUGUGAAGUUAACACUCAGCAACGAUUUAUCUGCAAAGGUACUGGGGAACCCAUUGAUUAUGAAACGUGUCAUUCGAUCUUUUCAGUUUUGGGAUGUCCAACGACUCCGUAAAACGUCUCGUGGAAUCAGGAGCUGCGUUGACUUCCUCAAACCCGUUACCCACAUUCAUGAAUAUAAUGUUUAUUUCUCAAGUGAUAUUCAUCCAAGUGCAUGUAUUAGAUCUGGAGGAUGUUACAGUACAAGGAGCUGGUUAUACGGAAAAUAUGAAACUUCUGAGGACAGGAAUGUAUUGUGUCAGAAGGCACAAGAUCAAGUUUUGAAUGAUUUUGAGAUCAACUUGGGUCGUCAGAAUACGUGUUUAGAAGAGUUGAAAUUCAUAUUCUCGUAUAUUGACACUCUUCAAAAGGAGGAACCAAGCAUUGAAGAAUUCGAGCGUGUCAAUCAACUUACCAUUCAAUUUUUGGGGAAACUUAAAGAAAUUCUAUCAGCAAGAAGUCAGUUACUAAAAGUGAAAGUGUUGGAAUUGUUAUGUUGUACUGACGACAAUUUGAUGCAAAUCCUUCCGUACCUUGACCCAAAAUGCUUGAAAAAAAUUAAACUGAACGAUCCGCGAUCGGAAUAUGAAAGACUCGAUGACAGGGUUAAUUAUUUAGAGUCCAUGUUGAAACCGUUUGUAUUGGACGAGAUAUGUCAACUGGAACAGUGGAAGAACGCGACGGAACUGAAGAUUCGAUCACAGCCGAUAUCCACUUCAAUUCAAAAAAUGAAUCUCACUGAAUUCUCAACAGUUUGGAUAGACGUGGAGACAAUUAGUUCAGAAGAUGUGUUAUAUCUUAAAGAUCAUCUUCUACUAUCGACCACUUUCCGAAGAUUCAUUAUUGACUUCAAAAACACAACAAUUGACUACGAAACUCUUCACGGACUAAUUGGGCCACCGCAUCGGAUCUUCAGUGAGACUUCUCGUAUCUGGUUUUUCCAAAUGGAAGUGAAUAGUCAAUUUUUGAAAGUUAGCUUGAAAAGAAGGUGUCUUCAAUUUUAUCUUGCUGACUACAUAAGACAAUACAGAUAG